GUGGCCAGUGGUCAGUGAGUGUCAGUGGCCAGUGGUCAGUGAGUGUCAGUGGCCAGUGGUCAGUGAGUGUCAGUGGCCAGUGGUCAGUGAGUGUCAGUGGCCGUGUCAGUGAGUGUCAGUGGCCGUGUCAGUGAGUGUCAGUGGCCAGUGGUCAGUGAGUGUCAGUGGCCGUGUCAGUGAGUGUCAGUGGCCAGUGGUCAGUGAGUGUCAGUGGCCGUGUCAGUGAGUGUCAGUGGCCAGUGGUCAGUGAGUGUCAGUGGCCAGUGGUCAGUGAGUGUCAGUGGCCAGUGGUCAGUGAGUGUCAGUGGCCGUGUCAGUGAGUGUCAGUGGCCAGUGGUCAGUGAGUGUCAGUGGCCGUGUCAGUGAGUGUCAGUGGCCGUGUCAGUGAGUGUCAGUGGCCGUGUCAGUGAGUGUCAGUGGCCGUGUCAGUGAGUGUCAGUGGCCAGUGGUCAGUGAGUGUCAGUGGCCGUGUCAGUGAGUGUAGUGGCCAGUGGUCAGUGAGUGUCAGUGGCAAGUGGUCAGUGAGUGUCAGUGGCCGUGUCAGUGAGUGUCAGUGGUCAGUGAGUGUCAGUGGCCAGUGGUCAGUGAGUGUCAGUAGCCAGUGGCCAGUGGCCGUGAGUCAGUGGCCGUGUGAGUGUCAGUGGUCAGUGUCAGUGAGUGUCAGUGGCCGUGAGUCAGUGGCCGUGUGAGUGGUCAGUGUCAGUGAGUGUCAGUGGCCAGUGGCCGUGAGUCAGUGGCCGUCAGUGGCCGUGAGUGGUCCCGAUUGGGCUGGGGUUUGACUCUGUGGGUGUUGCAGUGGCGAGGUGAAUUUGCGUGGUAGCCGUUCGUGUUGCCAAGGGGUCGGUGGGUCGUGGAGGGGGUCGCGUUGACUGCCGGCGACUGCUGCUGCUGCUGCAAUGGCUCGCGAAUACGACCACCUCUUCAAACUGCUCAUCAUCGGAGACAGCGGUGUGGGCAAGAGCAGCUUGCUGCUACGUUUCUCAGAUAACGUCUUCUCAGGUAGUCACAUCACGACCAUCGGGGUCGACUUCAAGAUCCGGACGAUGGACGUGGGCGGGGAGCGCGUAAAGCUGCAGAUCUGGGACACGGCAGGGCAGGAGCGGUUCCGCACCAUCACCUCCACGUACUACCGCGGCACGCACGGCGUGAUCGUGGUGUACGACGUGACGAGCGCAGAGUCGUUUGUGAACGUUCAGCGCUGGCUCCAGGAGAUAACGACCAACUGCGAGGACGUCUGCCGCAUCCUCGUGGGAAACAAGGACGACGACCCGAACCGGAAGGUGGUGGAGACGCAGGACGCACGCCGCUUCGCGGAGCAGAUGGGGGUGCGACUGUACGAGACCAGCGCCAAGGACAACAUCCACGUGGAGGACAUGUUCAAGGCCAUCACGGACCUGGUGCUGCGGGCCAAGAAGGAGAACCAGGCCCGCAUGCAGCAGCGGGCCGCCGGCGACGUCGUCAAGAUCGGCCGCUCCUCGGGACGCAGCCGCGGGAAGUGCUGCUGAGCGUCUCUCGCCGCUCGCUCGGCCUCGCGGCCUCGCGGCCUCGCGCGGGGAAGGGGCGGGCGGCGGUUCGGGGGAACUGCUUGGGUGUCGGGAGUCCGCGGGAGAGGUUUCGGCGGAGGGGCUGAAGGGAUGCGAGCAAACGGGGAGGGGGGUGGGGAUCGGGGCAGAGGAUUGGGGCAGAGGAGGCUCUUGAAGCUCAAGAUGGCGGCGCGGUGAUUUCGCGACUAAACCGCACGACGGCAAACGCUAGGCGUGCCUUAGUUUGGCUCGAUGAGCCACGAGGCUGUCGCAGAUUGAGCAUCGUCGUUGACCCGGCUGCCGACACGGGAGUGGGGGGGGGGUGUAGGCAGGAGGUUGGGGGCCAGCCGCGACUCGGCGGUGGAUUUUUGUUUCUUUUCCCAUCGCCCCACGAGCCGCCCCCCGUCCUCCAAGCAUUCUCGUUUUGUCGUCUUCGUCGUCGUCGUUUGUAUCGGGGGUUGUCGGGCGGGGGGUUCGCAGGCAAGUUUGCCAAAAAGAUAAAAUAAGAAUGGUAAUUUGAGAAACGUGAAAUGAGUUGAGAGACAUUUUAACCGUGAAUUUGGGAGGAGUGCAGAACUUAACGAGACGGGGAGGGCACUUUGUGCGCGACGCGCCGUUAGCCGUACUGUACAUAACCCUUAGACGUACUGUACAUAACCGUUGCUGCGCGCAAAUUGCACUUUUCAACCGAUGCCAACUCCGCCGUACAAAUGUCCAAUUUUGUUGAGAAAAUAAAUAAAGAGACUUUUUAUCA